AUGGCUUCUAAUGUGCCAGAACCAAAAGCAUCAAGUGGAGGAUUCAAGGAUCGUAUCCAUCACGAGCUGAAAACAGAUCCAAUUUUGAUUCAGGCCAGAUCCUUAGCUACCAGCUGCACCAAAUCUUUGCCUUCAGCAACUACUGAAUAUCUACUCGAUAAAGUCCCAGUUGUAAGAUGGCUACCCAGAUACUCAACAAAGUGGUUCGUGAAUGACUUACUUGCGGGUACCACGAUUGGCUUGCUCCUUAUUCCUCAGAGUCUAGCAUAUGCUAGGAUUGCUAAUAUACCUGGAGAGUAUGGUCUAAUGUCAAGCUGGAUACCACCUUUAGUGGGGCUUUUCGUACUAACCGGCCAAAUAGAUCUUUGUCCCGGACCAACUUCUAUUAUUGGUGUUUUAGUAGCAGAGGUUAUCCAAGAUUUUAAAAACGAAGGAUUUUCUCCCGAACGCAUAUCUGGGGUCUUGACUUUUCUUACCGGAAUCAUUGCCUUAUCAGUUGGAAUCCUAAGGCUUGGAUUCAUUCUAGACUUUAUCUCCCUACCUGUCCUCAGUGGCUUUGUCUCCGCUGCAGGAUUUCUUACGAUAUUAUCACAGAUACCCGCACUUUUUGGCAAUUCUGCUGGUGCGAAAACCAGUGAGAAAGUUCGAGAUAUGUUUGUAAAACUACCCAUGGCAAAACCCUACGACACUCUAGUUGGCUUUAGCUGCAUCUUAAUCCUGGUUCUUAUUGAGCAAGCCGGCAAGCGCUGGGGUAAGAAAAACAAAGUUAUAUGGAUACUUUCUACCUGUCGAAACGCAAUCGUCAUUGUAUUAUUUACUCUUAUCAGCUUUGGUAUCAAUAAAGACUUGGAGACCCCCAAGUUUGAACUCUCCAAGAUUUCUGCUGCUAAAAUUGAGACUCCACGUCUUCCUCCAACCAGUCUGUUUCGAAGGUUAUUCUUUCGAUCUAUUACUAUCUUUGUCGCCACCGCGCUAGAGCACCUGGCUAUCGGUAAAACCUAUGGCCGCCGACAUGGGUACAAGGUUGAUGAGAGUCAGGAACUCGUCUUCCUUGGCAUAUCGAACCUUCUAAAUGGAUUUUUCCCUACCAUGGCUGGAGGUGGGUCAAUUUCUCGAAGUGCGGUAAGCGCAGAUUCUGGUGUUAAAACUCCGCUUAGUGGUAUCUUCACGUCAGGAUUUGUAUUGCUCAGUCUUUAUUUUCUCACAGGAGCACUUUAUUGGAUACCGAAGGCUACGCUCUCUGCAGUUAUCAUCACUGCAGUGUAUUCACUUCUUGUUGGACCUUCGACAUUCUACAGUUAUUGGCGUGUUUCUCUUCCAGACUUUAUCGCCAGUAUGAUUGCCUUUUGGGUUACACUAUUCGUAUCCAUUGAGAUGGGUGUUGCGCUCGCUGUUGCUUUCAGUGUCUUACAUACCCUCCUCCGUCUAGCUUUCUCCCAAGUAACCACAGUUAAAGUUCAAGAAUUAUCAAAUAUGUACCCGACCUCAUCAGGGUUGUCACCAGCUCUCACUAGUGCCAUGUCGGAAAAUACGCUCAUAUUUGCCUUUAAACAACCAAUUUUCUUUCUAAAUGCAGAGCGUAUCAAAGCCGCCCUGCUCAACUCAAUUAAUCAGCAGAGAUCCUGCAUUCCAAGUGAUCAUAGUAGAUCAACAUCAGAGCAUUCCAUAACCAGGAGAGAACGCCUUUGGUGCGAGUCGAAAAACUCGAGCUCUGAAACCCUUACACAGGAGCGCACUAGUGCCUCUCUAUCUGACGUCCCCUCAUCACCCCUGAUUAUUAUUCUCGACUUCACUCACGUUUUCUCCAUUGAUACGACCGGUAUUCAAGCGCUCUUAGAUGUUCAGCGCGAAAUCCACGCCCAGGCCGGUCCUGGGAUUCAAUGGCGUCUUGUUAGUGUACAGCAGCACGUGCGGUUACGCCUCGAAAGAUCUGGAUGUAAUUUACAGGAUGUAGGUGUAGAAGACUGGGAUAUGUCUAUUUUAGAAGAGACAGAAAAUGGUGCGCCAAUAGCGGUAUUUGAAAAUAUGCAUAGAGCAGUGCUAGGCUUGAGGAAUAAGUAG